CCUUGCACUCCCCCCACCCCUAACGAACAUCACGAAACACGUGUCACGCGCUAAUUGAUAGGUCAAUUUCAAGCCGUUCAGAUUCGAUUGCACUUUCGUGCAAAUGCUCAUUGCCCCAAAAACGAAACUGCAUGAGCCUCCAAAAACUGACUGCUGCACUUUUGGUGCAUCAUUCCGGUUUUGAACUUGCAUGGGCACACAGGUGCUGCUGAGCUUCGAGCUGUUGUCUUUCGGUGCUGGCUGGGUAUAUCCGAGCAUUGAGGCGCGCGAAAAAAAUCGAUAAACUUCUUACAGCUAUUAUUGUCUGUGGUGUCGUCACAGACCAAGUUGUGAUAUUGAACUAGUUUCGGAGCGCGUGAGAGUUUCAUGAUUCCAAUUGCGAAAAUGGCUGUUUGGGGAUCGUUAAAAGUCAGCGGAGGCAAACAGGGAGUACAACCCGUUUCGCAGAGUAUGCGGUUUUCCGAAACUCUGACGGCUGCGUUGGGAAAUCGUAAAAGCAAAUACAAAGAUGUGUCCAGGGAUCUGAACACAUUCAUCAAUAAGGAGGAAGAGGAGAAAACGAUCGCCGUUCCACCGUUCAGCAUAAACAAGAUUAAAAAUAUGAUGCAGAAGGUGAUCAGGUCGCAGUUCAUCAUUCGCGACGAGGAUGGAGAGCUCCUCAAGUGGAUCUACGAUCCGGAGAAGAACCUCGAGAUGAGCCAAAAGAUUGCGAAGGUGAUCAAAGAUCGUAUAAGAGGCUAUAACUUUUCCCGGUACCGAAUUGUGAGCAUUUGUUCGAUUGUUGAGAAGGACGGCCAAGGAGUCUACUACAAGAUGAAGUAUAUCCUUGAUCCGUACCUGGACAACUAUAUUCAGUACGUACAUGACAUGGCAAAGUUCUGGAUUAUUGCAACUGUUAUUCUUGUGCACAAAGAUUGAAGGAAUUUUCAAUAA